AUGGACAUAAGCUCUUACGGUUCUUACGAUUCUUACGGAGGUGGAGGCCAUAGCUUUAACUCCGGUCUCGAUCAUGGUCUCUACGAAGGUCAGGCUCACCAUCAUUACGGCGUUCAGACAGUACCGAUCAGCGAACACGUAGAGAUUACGAAGCCAGUGCCAAUACCGGUUGUAAAAAAUGUUGGGGUACCAGUUGCCCAACCAGUUGCCAUACCAGUUCCACGUCCGGUGGCAAUUGGAAUACCUCAACCAUAUCCGGUACAUAUACCGAUUGCCAAACCAGUGGCCAUACCUGUCGUAAAAACUGUCGCUAUACCUGUUGAGAAAAAAGUUCCGUAUCCGGUGGAAAAAGUGAUACCUGUGCCAGUCGAAAAAGCUGUACCAAUUACCAUUGAAAAGCAUGUACCUGUACCAGUUGAAAAACCAUAUCCGAUUCAUAUACCAGUUUACAAACACGUUUUCCAUAAAGUCAAGAGUCACGGUCAUGGUUGGAGCCAUUAG